AAAAAUAAGAGGUGGAGAUAUUUCCAAAUAACGUAGUUUGAUCACGGUAACAAAGGUGGGUUUUUUUCGCUUGCCUUCGGUUGCAAUUGACUCGGAGCUGUUUUGUUACAACUUGAUUACAUGCAGAUCAUCACUCCCCAAUAUAGCUGGCCAAAUACAACAGAAGAAUGCUGAAGCUAGUCGUAGUUCUAUCAGCGCUGGUGGCUAUAGGGAUGUCCAUGCACAGUGAGCCCACUGACUUUUUCUGUAACCUCGCCUGUGAGGGCUUUGAAUUCCAGGAGUUCAAGUGUCAGCAAAAGUGCACUUCGACCAGCUUUGCGUACUCUGAUGAUUUUGAGGACUGUUUGUCUGCCUGCUUUGACCUGGUCAAACCCUGCCAGGAUGCCUGCCACGAACAUUUCCAGGAAGUUUUCGACGCAUGCCACCCCAAAUGUCAAGCGGACGAUUCAUGCCAACAGACCUGCUUCAAAGAGGGAUUCAUGGCCAAGUACAAGCCUGCCUGAAACUAAAGAGGCUGGCCAAGCCAGAGUUCGUUUCUGACCCACACAUAGACAUUUCAUAGCGUUUCAGGCAAGACAUAUUGGCCGAAAUAGGCUGUGUGCGCUUCUAUCGACAAUAAUAAAUGUUGGUGACAAAGUAGUA